GCCAUACUUUCAAAAAGUAUUUCACCAAGCCAGGGUAUAUUUUAGUACCACCACAACGGUCACACUAUUUCAAAAUUCAAAACAAGCUAUUGGCGUCGUCUGUCUGGAUUUUGUGAAUGGGAUAACGAAAUCACAAGGAGCAAAUGGGAUCCAAAGUAGAGCAGCAGUACAAGCUGCUGAAUGCGGAGCUAAUGGACCAGGUGCAGAAGCAGCGCCUGGAGAUCGGCGAGUACAGGAAGCGGGUGAUAUCGUUAGAGCGCGAAAUCAUGGACAUUCGGGAGGAGCACGUACUGCAGAACCAUCGCCAGCAGAUGGAGAACAUCAGUAUCGUACGCAGCCUGAUGCUAAGCCUGAAUGUGGACUCCGAUUCCUUGGCGGCGCCCCAGGAGCCUGCUCAGGGAGCUCAGAUAAACAGACCAAGCGGCCCGCGUCGGAGCUCCAGGGAAAUCUGCAAGGACAUGCGACGGACAUGUGUCUUGGCCCGCACCACCAGAACCAUCUCGCCAAGAAGGACUUCCUCAGUGACCAGUACUGUUUCGUCCACUAGUCGCCGAUCCAGCUCUGAAGUGCAGUCCGAAGUGGAGGCCACUAGGGUAACAGUGGAUAGGAGAGCCAACAAGCCUACACCACCGCCACGAAGACCAGCGGAAUUAGUUUUCGACGAAGAUGACUCUGAAGAUGACUUCGAGCAAGCAGUAAGCCCCGUAGACGAUAACAAUGAGGAGGCACAGACUGACCAACAUGAGGAGAACAAUCGUCUGUUUAGCAUUAUAGAGGAAAACGCCAGCGAAGGGGAGACCACAGAUUCGUCGUCAUCAUGCGAGGCCAUCUACUGUGACACAACGGUUGAAAGUAGUCCGCCCAACGGGCAAGUCACCGCCACUCCCAGUGGGCGGGCUCUCCGAGAAGUGGAUCCCAAUGUCCCAGUAGCAAUGUCGUUGAGUCGGGGAAAAGAGUCUGGGAAAGGAUCAAGGUUGACUAUUCCCGCCGCUGUGGACGAUUCUCCACAGGAGCCAAGCAUACAGUGCCCGCGACUGGCAGUCACCAGGCCUAGUCAAUCGUCUGGAAUUUUUCCUGAGGUCAACGGACUGACGCCACGAAGAAGCCUGUUCAACGGGAUCAGCCAACUGGCCGGGAGCACCAGUACUCCGAAAUCCUUCCUCGUCGAGGAAAUGCCAUCUAUAAAAACCAGAAGUCGAACUGCAGCAAAUAAGAAAUCCGAAAAUACGGAUAUGUCCAGUUCUUUUUGUAGCACCAGCGGAAGGCCGAGCAGAAGCUGCAGGCCCACUAGUUUGGCGGAGCCUAGUCUGAGAUCCAAGAUGCGUAAUGGGUCGAAAAGCAUGGCCAAGGCCAAAAAGUAGAUAGACAGAUAUUUUAUAGGCUUUUAUGUUGUUUUUGUAAUUUCAAUGGUUUUUCAAACCAGUUUUUAACAUUAAAAUAAGCAUACCGUUUUUAAA